UGCACGCUGAAAACAACCCGCUCUCAGUUACGAAAUGCUGUCAAUAGACCAUAAUUUAUGACGACGUAGUCCGUUUUGGCGGGUUUUCUAGCACUCAUACAGGUGUACUUGGGUGAGGGCGCAUGCAUGACGGUGACGUCAGGAACAUGUUUCACAGCGAUAUGGACGCGCGCGUCGACUCACUGCAGAGAAAUAUUGAGUUCUUGCAAAAGCAGCACGGAGAAACCUUAGGAAAGUUACACGACGAAAUAGAGUGUUUAAAGCGGGAAAAUAAAGAGCUGCAGUUCAUGCUGAUCAUGGAGCCAUCAAAGUCGAACAGGUCCAGACGUAAAAUCCAGAGGCAUCAAACAGACAACCACAAAUUUCAGGCAGAUAGAGGCAAAUAUCUGGAGCAGACCCUCGAUGACAAGCUCCUUCCACAGGGCACAGACCUCAGCAAUCAUAAUAAAUGUAGAGAAACAAGAUCGAAUUCCUCAACUGCCCCCACAGCAGUCAAGAUAAAAGAUCCUUCAGAAGCUAAAGCAGGCUUCAUCACUUCUCUACAGCCUUUAAUGAUCCAGUAUAGCCAAUCGGUUCCACCCCGACCUCCUAUCCUAAAGGAGUGCGAGGUCAUCAUACGACAGCUGUACAAUGCUAACAGCAUGCAGUCCCAAGAGAUCCUGCGUGUGAAAGCUAUCCUCAAAGACAUUGUUUUCAACAAGAAAAUCACUGCAGAGAAUUACAUUCUGACCAAGGCUUUUCUUGAUGAUGGUAAAAGAACCGAGGACUCUGAUACAUUUCCGCAGCUUUCUCUUCAAACACUGCCUAGAGGACUUAUGAAUAGACCUGCGUCUCAGGCUAGCAAAGCAGAGAAAGUGAUCCUGCCUGCCCUCACCCGAAGUCUGCACAACAACAUAGCAGAAAGACACAGGAGAACUCAGGCUGUGCAGACACGUCGGCUGCAGAGGCCAAUGCACUUAACAACCACGCUGGGUUUUACCAAACAUUAUUAGGAAACAUAGAUUAAACUGAAACAGUUGUACA